UCUUCGCUUGGGCGCCUCGUCGUCAUGGCGGCCGUUCGGAAGCCGGUGCUGCUCGGGCUUCGCGAUACUGCGGUGCACUGCUGCCCCACGGGGCUGGGCGCCUGGACCACGAGCAAGCUGGGCGGCAUUCCGGACGCCCUGCCCGCCGUGGCAGCGCCGAGGCCAGUGUGUGAACUUUGCAGGCAGCCGCUUGUCCUGGUCGUGCAGGUGUACUGCCCGCUGGAAGGCUCCCCCUUUCAUCGGCUCCUGCACGUGUUCGCUUGCCCCCGCCCGGGGUGCGCUAGCGGCAGGGCGCGCAGUUGGAAGGUGUUCCGCUCCCAGUGCCUGCAAACGCGAGAGAAAGAGACGCAGGACGCUCAGAAACAGGAAAAUGGCCUCACAGCUGAGGAUUGGUGUGAAGGUGCAGAUGACUGGGGAAGUGACAGGGAGGAGGCGCCUCCACCACAGGUUAUCUCAGAUUUUGGAAAUGAUUCCAGCCGUGCCAAAGACAGAGACUGGACUGCCCAGCUCCAAGACCUCCGCCUGCAGGAUACUGUCCCGGGUGCUGCUCUUCCUGUGCCUCCCGGGGAAGGGAUGGCCUUGCAUUCCGUGCUGCCACAGUUCCUGCCCUACUACAUCUGUGUUGUUGAUGAGGAUGACUACAGAGACUGUGUCAGUCUAGAUCAUGCUCAGAGCCUUCUGAGGGAGUAUCAACAGAGAGAGGGAAUUGACAUGGAACACUUGCUUUCCCAAAGUCUUUCUAGUGAUGGUGAUGAAAAAUAUGAGAAGACCAUAAUUAAAAGUGGAGAUAAGAUGUUUUACAAAUUCAUGAAGAGAAUUGCUGCUUGUCAAGAGCAGAUUUUGAGGUAUUCUUGGAGUGGAGAACCACUUUUCUUGACCUGCCCUACAUCAGAAGUCACUGAGCUCCCAGCCUGCAGUCACUGUGGAAUCCGAAGGAUAUUUGAGUUUCAGCUUAUGCCAGCGCUGGUCAGCAUGCUCAGAAGUGCUAAUUUAGGUCUUUCUGUGGAAUUCGGAACCAUUCUAAUAUACACAUGUGAGAAGAGUUGCUGGCCUCAAAAUCAUCAGACUCCCGUGGAAGAAUUUUGUAUUAUCCAAGAGGACCCAGAUGAAUUAUUAUUUAAGUAAGGAAGAUGAGCUAACAGACUCCUGAACCAUGGACCACGUGGCCAGAAAACUGUAAACCAGAGACAGACAUCCUAACUCCCAAUUAAGAAAUGUCACAGAAAUGUCACAAGAUGAUGAUUAAUCCCAGCCUCUUUGUUCUUCCCCUUGUGGACUUAAAAAAUUAUUCACAACCUAAAAG